AUGAAGUUAAAUCAGAGUUUGGGUAAUUCUGGAAAGAAGAAAAUUAACAUUAAAUUUGAUAAGAAUAGCAACUUCAACUAUGCAGCAGAAAAUGCGCUAUACGAGCAUUUCUUUAAAUUCCAAAGUAGGAAUGACAUAUUAGAGAGAUUAAACUAUAGCAGAAAUAAACAACCUAUUUCAUAUUGGUACUCCGCCGAUGGAUCCGAUACCGGAUGUCACCGAAAUAUUACGUGGGGUAAAGUCUUAAAAGAAAUAGAAAAUCAUUACAUUGAAAAGGGUGGUGAUAAAACUAUAUUUGUAGAUAUCUACAAUGACUCAUUCGAAUACACUGAAUCUGGUCGCUCUGUAUUAGGAGUCUAUAUACAGCUAUCUACAAAUGGGAUAGACUAUAAAGAAAUGGAAAAGAUGAGUUGUAAAUCUAAGCUAAUUGAAGGAGUUCUCAGUCAAGUGAGAUCUAAAAGAAAGACAAAUGAAGGUGCUUUGGAUGACUUAUUUAAAUAUGGUGAGGGUUCACAUUUAGAAUGUGGAGUAAAAUAUAAAUGUAAGUUUAGUUUCUAA